AUGGCGAACAUUCUAGCUGUAUUUGGCGCAACUGGAAAUCAAGGAGGCUCCGUGAUACGAGCAGUGCUAGCCGACCCUGUUCUAUCCAAGAGCUUCAAGAUUCGUGCUAUCACUCGUGAUGCGACCACUCCUUCCUCACAGGAUCUGGUAAAGCAGGGCGUUGAAGUCAUUACCGCGGACAUGAACUCAAAAUCGUCCCUGGCAAAGGCACUCGAAGGUACUCAUAGUGUCUUUCUCGUCACUUUACCCGACUUCGUGACCCCGCCGAACGAGGGCACCGAGCUUGACCGUGGUAAAAACGUUGCCGACGCCGCUAAAGAUGCUGGUGUGCAACACGUCAUAUUUUCGUCCCUUAUAAAUGUUACCGAAGCCUCAAAUGGCAGGCUGCCGCAUGUGGUUCACUUUGACCGCAAGGCAGAUAUUGAACAGUAUAUACGAUCCCAGGGAACGCCGGCCACCUUCAUCCAGCCGGGCUAUUACAUGAGUAAUUUCACCAACCUACAAUUGCUGAGAAAGGGCGAGGAUGGUACAUACACAUUGACUGGGCCCACGAGUGCUACGAAGGCUCAGCUGCCGCUCUUCUUUCCAGAAGACGACAUGGGUAAAUACGUUGUAGCAGCACUAAAGAACCGUGACAAGGUUCUGGGGAAACAAAUCCCCGCCGCGAGUGAUUAUUAUACUCUGACCCGCAUAAUGGACGAGUUCCGAGAGGUCACGGGGAAGGAUGGUCAAUAUGUUCAGAUUGACCAGGAUGUCUACAAAAGCUUUUUGCCUCCGCCAAUUGCGCAGGAAAUUCUAGAAAAUGAAGUUUUGUGCGAGGAUCCUGGCUUUUUCGCGGGUGCUUCGCUGAUUGACGGUCAUGAGUUAUUGGCUGUUGUUGGCCUGACUCCGACAACAUGGAAAGAAUAUUUGCAAAGCCGGAAAGAGCUUUUUGUAUAA